GACACACCAGUGUGGCUCUUAUUGAAGCGUACGGUGAAGUUACAGGACGGGAAUAGUUUAGGUUUUACUCUACAAGAUCUCCGUCAUAUUUCCAAUUCUCCCACGAGUGAGGCUCUGGCUUCAUGAAUCAGAUGCGAAGAUGUCUGUUGAGUUCCGCUCCUCCACCGUGACGAACAUGGACAUGGACAACAGUAAAGUUGGCUACGGCCGACUUCUAGGAGAAGGAAGCAAGCUCCAGUAUGCAGCGUACGCGUUGAGAAACAGCCCAUUCAGAGCCGCCACGGUCGUUCUCGGCUUGCUGUGUGUUCUCCUGUUGGCCGGGGUCAUAGGUCAAAGUGUCCACCACCAGAAAGUAGAGCGAGACCAUCGGAACGAGCUGAAAGCCGCGAGCGACGAGAGCGACAAGCAACGGGAGAACCUGAGGAAGGUGCAAAGCGACGUGAAGAAGCUCGAGACCGGCCGCAGCCAGCUAGAGCAAAGGAAUGAAUUCCUAUCCAAAAAGAGAGAUCAAAUACAGACCAACAACAAUUUACUGACGGGCGAAACAGAAGCACUUAAACUCAGCCAGAACCAGUUACAGGCCAGUAACGCCGCGUUUGGCAAAGAGAUAGAAGGGUUAAAAACCAGUAAGAACCAGUUAGAGACGAACACCAACUCCUUGUCCGCAGCCAAACUCCUUUUACAAAAACAGUACGAUGCGACACUCAAACGCAAGAACGAAAUCCAGGCCGGUUACGACGCGGCGACCCGAGACAAGGACAACUUACAGAACCGAUACAACAACGUGACCCGGUUAAAAGAGCAUCUGCAGUUGAGGUACAACGACUUGAUCGGAAAGGUCGAGCAUCUGCAGGACAGGUACAACUUCUCCAGCAGCGAGAAGGAGAAGGCGCAGAGCAGUCACCAGAACCUGACGAUAUCGAAGGAAGCUCUGCAGGCGUCGUACAACCUGCUGAUCACGGCCACGGACGAGAUGCGGGCGUCCUACGCGACGUUAGCUAAGGAAAAAGACGAGCUGGAGGGCGGUUGCAACGAGGCGAUUGCCGAGAGGGACCGGUUGAAGGUGAAGAACUACAACCUGACUAUUGAGAGAGACGCGGCGCAGGUGGAGGCGGAGAAGUUGAAGAAAAUAUCUCCAGCGAGGAAGUGCCCCACCGGCUGGACAAGGUUCAAGUACAGCUGCUACUUCACGUCGGUUGGCAAGAGCAACUGGAGCUUGGGAAGAGAAUACUGUCAGAACAAAGGCGCCGACCUGGCCAUCAUAAAAAGUGAAGAGGAAAUGGGUUUCAUCAAUAACUUGUAUAUAAGUGAAAAAGAAGUCUGGAUUGGAUUGACUGACGGAGGAAUAGAGGGGCAGUGGAAAUGGGUGGACGGGACACCGAUGACCACGACGUACUGGGGCAAAGACCAGCCCAACAGCUUCGACGGGAGGAACCAGGACUGUGUGGAAUUCUGGCACAGCAAGACGGGAAAAGGCAGCUGGAACGACGAGAUCUGCACCAUCGAGCAGCAGUUCAUCUGCGAGAUGUAGUUCACGUGGAGAGAGAGAGGUGUGGAAGGUCUGAAGAUCCUUAUGUAACAUCAGAGGAGUUUUAAAAGGAUGCAUACUGGGACUGUUUUGAAUUGGAAAUAAUAGAAAUAUCAGACAGUGUGUUUAAAGAUGUAUAUAUUGUGACCAAUUAACACACAAUGACAAUUAUGAGUAUUCUGCAGCAUCAGUGGAGUUUAAAAGUAUGCAUAUUUGGACUGUUUUAAAGUGGAAAUAAUAGAGAAAUAUUAGACAGUUUGUUUAAAAAUGUGACCAAUUAACACAAGAUUACAAUGAGUAUUCUGCAGCAUCCGUGGAGUUUAAAAAGUAUGCAUAUUGGGACUGUUUUGAAUUGGAAAUAAUAUAAAUAUCAUAUAUAUUGUGGCCAAUUAACACUUAAUGACAAUGAUGAGUAUUAUGCAGUUACAUUUACUGGGGAAAACUGUCUUGGUAAUGUGGAAGCAGCUUGCUUUAAACUAAAGGAGCUGAGAUUCCCAUAUAUAUAUAUAUAUAUAUAUAUAUGCCAUGUGAUAUAGUUGAUACUUGGAGUUUUUAGUGGCUUUCCUUUGUAUUGUGUCCUGUGAAUAUAAAUGUUUUUUCACAUAAUCCAACAAACAUUAAAUCUGUAUUUUAUAUUUAAAUUAAUACAUGGGAAAAAGAUAAAUAAUUUUUGAAUUGCAAUUCAAUUGAUUUCCUAUUCCAUAUAAACACAUUUCAAUGUAUAUUCAUGUAAACACUUUUUGAAUAAAAAAAAAUUCACUUUGUG